AUGUUCGUGCUGCAGGAAGAUCUUUGCGCGUGCCCGGACAUCGCGUGCCCACCGUGCGUGCGAAAAGUCGUCUAUAAACACGUCCCGGCGUUGACGAAAACAUUCCUUCACGACUUUCCGAGAUUUGAAAGAUUUCUCGUCGAUUUAAAAUUGGACGAGUUGACGAGGAUGGAUUUUGUUCUGGUCGCGAUGAGCGCGUUUCUCGCGUACGCGGUGUACCAAUCCAUCGAGAAUUACUUCUUCGUCCCGUCGAUCGCAGUUGGGUUGACCGACGAGGAAAGGAAAGGGAAAACGGGGAAGAAAUGGGUACCAAACUCGCCUUUUCCUGAAAAAUCUGUGCCGUGUUACGACCCAGGGUCGCUGGACGUUUUAGGUCCGGACGUACCGGCGAUGACGAGAGAAGAGGUGAAAGAGAAGAUUCAGCUGGCAUCAAAGGCGCAAAAGGAGUGGGCGAAAUCGUCGUGGAAGCAACGGAAGUUUUUGUUGAAGAUUAUCCGUAAAUUCGUCGUCGAGAACCAGGACGAUAUUUGCGUGGUGAGCGCGAGAGAUUCCGGGAAGCCGCUGGUCGACGCCGCGUUCGGGGAAGUCAUCACGACGUUAGAGAAGAUUCGAUGGUUGUUGCGAGAAGGAGUGUAUUGGUUGAAGCCGGAGAGAAGAAGUUCCGGGGCGAUGAUGUUUUACAAAAAGGCUACGUUGGAGUUUCAUCCAGUCGGGGUGAUGGGCGCGAUCGUGCCGUGGAACUACCCGUUUCAUAACGUCUUUAAUCCGUUGGUGGCGAACGUAUUUGCCGGGAACGCGUUGGUGGUGAAAGUUUCCGAACACGCGAGUUGGUCCAGUCAGUAUUAUGGUCGGGCGAUUAAGGCGUGUUUGAAAGCGGCGGGCGCGCCAGAGGAUUUGGUUCAAAUCGUCACGGGGUACGGCGAAGCCGGAGAAGCGAUCGUCAACGGCGGAUGUCAAAAAGUUGUCUUUGUCGGGUCAACGACUGUGGGGAGGUUGGUCAUGAAAUCUGCCGCGAAAACGUUAACGCCGGUUGUUUUAGAGUUGGGCGGUAAAGACGCGUUUAUCGUUUGCGAGGACGCGAACUUGAACCAGUGCGUGCCGAUGGCCUUGAGAGGGGCGUUUCAAUCGUGCGGUCAAAACUGCGCCGGCGCGGAGAGGUUUUACGUCCACGAGAAAGUCUACGAUGAGUUUGUUUCCCGAGUGGUUCAAACUGCGAAAGAGUUGAGACAAGGCCACGCGUUGAAAAACCCUUUGAUGACUGAUUGCGGCGCCAUGUGCAUGCCGAACCAAGCGAAAGCAGUGCACGCGUUGAUUGAAGACGCGAGGUCGAAAGGCGCUACCGUAGCCGUUGGCGGUUACUUACCGAAAAUCAUGGUCAACGUCGACGACGUCGACGAAGAUUCCGAAGAGUUUGGGAACUGGUUCGAAGAAAACAUCGUCGAACCGGUAAAAGGCCAAAUCGAACAUAUCACGGGGUCGCCGUUAACUCGAGACUCCAUGAAAAAAGAGCGCCAACAACAAAAAGCCAACGUCGUGAAACCGCCGCCACCGGGUGCCACCAAAGAGAUCUUGACAGGUCAAUUCUACCCGCCAACCGUCCUCUUAAAUGUCACGCACGACAUGAAAAUCAUGAAGGAAGAAGUCUUCGGCCCGGUGUUAUCUAUUUGCAAAGUCAAAUCCGACGAAGAAGCCGUUCGAUUAGCGAACGAUUGCGACUUUGGUUUAGGUUCAAACGUUUUCGCCGGGAGCAAAAAACGCGCAGAACAGCUCGGACAACAGUUAGAAGCCGGCAUGACCUCAAUUAACGAUUUCUGCUCCACGUACAUGGCCCAAUCGCUUCCGUUCGGCGGCGUCAAAGAAUCUGGCUUUGACCGAUUCGCCGGCGUCGAAGGUUUACGCGGAUGCUGCGUCCCCAAGUCCGUCGUCGUGGAUCGAUUCCCUCUCAUCAAAACCGACAUCCCACCUCCCCUGCAAUACCCAGUCAAACCCAACGCGUUUGCGUUUUGCAAAUCCUUAUGUCGAAUGUUCUUCGGCGGAAGCGUUUUCGAAAACGUUCGAGGCUUGAUGCAACUCAUCGGGUGCUUCGUUUUCGCGCAGAAGAAUCCAGUUUUGAGCGGGAAGAAAGGACGGGGAGGACACUGA